CCUGAAGGUGACAGCUGCCGGCCUGUAGCUGACUGUGCAAAAGAAAAAAAGAGCUCAGUCUGUGGCUCACACGGCACACACAGCAGCCAGGCACAACACACACAAUCACUGGCUGGUAUUGGUAUCUGCACAUAACAUAGAAUCAAGAGACACAUCUGCAGCAUCUUGUUGUGAAUUUGCAAUGACACAAGCAGUCUGACUACAGGUCUCUUCCUUCUUGAAGGCUCCACCGCCGCAUCCCUGUACCUCCUGGGAGGCAAAGAAGUACGCCUGGCACGCUUCAUGAUCACUGGGGCCUAAAGUUCAAGAUAUCCAGCACAGAAGAAAGUUCUCCUCGAAGUCUGGAGGCAGGAAGAGGCCGAAUCCACUGGAACAGGACCCUAUAAAGGCAAGAGACUCUAACAACAUAAGCAGACAUGAAGGGGAUUUUCUCUGUUAUCCCCCUGGUUCACGUAUUCGUUUUUAUCCACCUGGGGAGACCACAGGUACAGUGUGAAGUGAUGGGCAUGGUUCCUUUUGCCUACGAUGACCAAUAUUCCCAAUGCACAGAAGAAAUGGAGACAGAAAUAUCAAUGUUGCUCGAGACUGAGAAGUCACUGGACCCAGAUUUUAAAGGCAUUUGGGAUAAAGCGACCUUGGAAUGGGAAAAGAGAAAGCUGCAGUCAUCUCUAACAGAACUUCCUAAGGGGUUCAGGGAUGAACAUGGAAUUGCAAUUCUUAUCUAUACGGACAAAGACUACCCAUCACCAGAACAGUCAUUUCCAAGGAGGUUUAAUGAAGCCGUACGGACAUCUGUGACCUCCCUAUCUGAUUAUAUAGAGAGUUUUCACUACAAAGCCUUACAUUAUUACAUGACUACAGCUCUACACCUCUUCCAGCCAGAGUGCAGAAAAGUCUACAGGGGCAUCCAUGACAAACACUUUGAGCCACCAACAGGUAUGUGCCCCGUCAUCAGGUUUGGCCAGUUCACCUCAUCCUCCUCUAGUGUGGAGACUGCAAAGUCCUUUGGCCUGGAUUCAUUCUUUUACAUUACUACAUGCUUUGGUGUUGACAUUGGGAAUCUUUCCACUGACAGAAGUGAAAAUGAAGUUCUCAUUCCAGGAAGUGAGAUCUUUUUUGUGUCCAACUAUACAGUUGAAGGCCACCAAUUUGUUAUAACAAGCACAAAGCAAACGUGCCACCACUACAACUGUGCAUUCCUUGGAGGGGAAAGGGCACAGGCCUGUAUCUUGGACUCCGACAAUAAAGAAGCUGAAUCUGCAGGUGGAUGAAGCUGUUUUAAGAAAAUACUGAAUGGACACUUGGACAUAUGCUUAGAAAGACUGCAAGAGCGUCUAUGAAUCUAUACCAUCGUCUCUCUCUCCCUCCCAGCAUUGUGGCACAGAUGAAUUUUGGCUACUUGGAUUAAUAAAAAAUAUAUAUAUUAUUUGAUAUUUGUUCACCUGUAAAAUAUUGUUCUGAAGGGUCUUUAGGAUGUCCCACUGCUUUUGUAAUAAAGUGACAAUUCUGUUCCACUUUUA